AUGUCAUCAUGUCAUAGUGGGGAUAACAAGCUCCAUUCGUCUCACGGGGUAACUGGAAUUCACGUCACUGAUAUAAUGGACGUAACUAAGUCCAGUGACACAGAGAGCACAUGCACGAACCCAGACCUGGUUCAGAGAUAUGCCGAACAGCUAUUUACACUGGACAAAAAGCCGGAAUCGUUGUACGAGUGCCCCACUUCCGCGUGUUCAAUUGCAUCCGUCGGCGCCCAGCAAGAUGCGUACGGCACCCUGAACUCAGCAAUAUUCAAUACCCAGAGUCUCGAUAGCUCGGAUGAAGAGCCUCCAGUAGCCCCGGAACCGUACUACUCUAAGGAAACGCCUUCCAUUGAAAGAGCUACUAAUCUGACAACACCAUCUAAGGAAAUAGGAUCUCCAGUAUUCACUUAUCAACAGGCAGUGGGAGGUUAUUUCGCCGGUUCGCCUGGAACUCUUUUGGUGGGCUCAGGGACACUGUCUGAAAGGCCGAAGAAUUUCAUAGCGGAAUCAACGAUGGGUGAUGCGACGCCACUCAGGCAAGACAUUACGGAGCCUGCAACAGUAGUUAUGACGCCAUGUUCGUCACCAUAUGGGGCUGUAGGAGCAACUAUAUUAAGUCCAAAUGUAUCGGAGAGAAACAUAGGGACCGAAUCGCCCCUCGCAAGGGAGUGUCACACGCCAAUGGGCGUACAACAAGGCACUCCCCUGUCGCGUAUUAGUGCGUCAACAUCCCCAGCCGUAAAGGAUUAUUCGCGUGCUGUGGAAUGUAGCAAUAACUCCGAAACAUCGUUUGUACACGAGGGUUACGACACUGUACAGAUACCCAGAUAUCGGCCCGUGGAAGUUGUAGACAAGGUCGUGGAGGUGCCAGUUGUACAUCAUGUAGAUACGUAUGUGCCCAAAAAAGAAAUUCAAGAAAUUGAAAGUUUCGUGAAGAAGCCGUACACCAAAUACGUUGACAAAUUCAUAGAGGUGCCUGAGGUGCAUUACAGCGAUAGGAUAGUAGAGGUGCCCGAGUACCACGAAAUAACUAAAACAGUUACCAAAGUAGAAGUACAGGAACGUAUCAAGUAUGUGCCCAAGGUAGAAGUGAAAGUCGUGCCCAAGUAUGUGGAAGUCCCUGUUAUAAAGAUUGUCGAUCGAUACGAGGAAUACGAAGAGGUGGAGGAAGUUAUCAAGGAGGUUGAAAAGGUCGAAAUCGUCGAUGUUCCGAGGGAGGUUGUGAAGCACGUAGUAAAACCGGUGAAGAAAAUCAUAGAGCAGGAACGCAUAAUACCUGUAAAUAAGCAUCGCGACGUACCUGUGGAAAAGGUUAAAUUUGUCCCUAAAAUCGAAACAGUCGAAGUCAUCAGGGAGGUGCCCAAAAUUAUCGACGUUCCAGUGCCUUACAAUGUCCACAAAAUCGAAUAUGUAGAUAAGCCGUAUAUCGUUCCGGAAUACCGCGAUGUCCAAGUAGGGGUUCCAGUCAGAAAGAGGGUGACGCCAAUAUACCGCUACGAAGGAGAACCUGAAAUCAUUGACCUACCGGUGCACAAGCCCUACUUCGUUAUACACGAUCAUAUUACUUUCAAACCGGCUGCACAGCCAAUUUCAGAAAAAAUCAAAGUCGUGGGAUCCCGUCCCAUCGACCUGAAUACGCUAACUACAGAGGAUAGAGUAGAUGCGCAAGAACGGAUGCACAACGCAGUCAAUCAGAGGCCAUUAGAGCCUCACGAUGAACGUCAAGAGAUGCAUCAUCUGAGCACGCAACUUCCUAUGGACAUCCCAAACGCUCGACAAUUAGACCAAUAUGGUACGCAGCCCAGACAUGUACAAAUUGGAACGCCGAUUUCUCAUGAGAAGCCGGUUCACAAACCACAAUUUGGCGCUCCUGAGAUGCUUUCAAGCAAUAGUAAUAAGUCAAGUGUACCAAUGGAAACCAUCAUUUAUAUGAGGUCCCCAAAAGGACGCUUAUCGCCUAUGUCGGAUGGCGGAGCGAUUGAUGUUUAUCCCCAUUCUAACAAUAACACACCCAGAAUGGCCAACUAA